AUGGGUUCUAUGUACCAAGUCCAGUCCAAGCUCCGUCAGGACCUUGGCCUCCACAAGAUUCAGGCUGUUCGCAAGUCCGGUCGUGAACUCAAUGGCACCAAGGCUUACGUCAGUGCAAUGGCUCGCUACGGCUUCAACCCCACCGAGGAAUCCAGAUUCUUCCACUUGAAGAAGACCGAUCUCACCAAGGAGUUCCAACGCCGCGGCUACACUCGUCACUGGGAGCAGCUGGUCAGGGCACCCCAGGAACGUCCGGACGAUCCUCACACAGAGAACGAGCCUGUACCUGCCGAGGAUCAGCAGUACGACACUCAGUAUCUCUGUGAGAUUGGCAUUGGCACCCCGCCACAGAAGGUCAAGCUUGACUUUGACACGGGAUCCGCUGAUCUUUGGGUCCGGUGCAGAGAUUCAUCCCUUCUUCAUCACGCCGACAAGAAGUUCGACCCGAAAAAGUCGGACACCUUCCAGGAGAGCAAGACCGAUCAGACCUGGAAGAUCCAGUAUGGCGAUGGAAGCACUGCCUCAGGCACCGUCGGUACGGACGUCAUUACCGUCGGUGGGCUUCAGGUCAAGAACCAAGCCAUCGAACUUGCCAAGAAGGUGUCCAGUGCCUUCUCCAGCGGCGAAGCUGACGGUCUUCUUGGACUUGCCUUCUCCAAGAUCAACACCAUCGAGAGCGACGGCAAACCGGAUCCACAGCCCACACCGGUCGAGAACAUGAUCAGCCAGGAGGACAUCCCCAAGGAGGCUGAGCUGUUCACAUCCGCCUUCUACAGUGCUCGUGAUGAUAAGUCGGAGGAGAAAUCCUUCUACACCUUCGGCUGGGUCGAUGAGGAUCUCGUCAAAGCUUCCGGAAUAGACAUCGCGUGGACGCCCAUCGACAACUCGGAGGGUUUCUGGAAGUUUCCCAGUGAGAGCGCUACAGUCGACGGCGAGAAUGUUUCUGUGAGUGGAAACACCGCAAUUGCUGAUACUGGCACCACACUGGCGCUCGUCUCAGACACGGUUUGCAAAGCACUCUACGCAAAGAUCCCAGGCUCAAAGUACAGCUACCAAUACCAAGGUUACCUCAUCCCGAGCACAAUCACAACUGAUCAGCUCCCUCAGCUGAGUGUCGCGGUUGGUGGGAGUCAGUUUAUUAUUCAGAAGGAGGAUCUGUUGCUGGCACCGGCCGACAAUGACCAUUGGUACGGUGGUGUGCAGUCGAGGGGUACUAUGCCUUUCGAUAUUUUGGGUGAUAUAUUCCUCAAGUCCAUCUACGCUAUCUGGGACCAGGGCAACAACCGCUUUGGAGCUGUACCCAAGAUUGAGGUGAACCAACACACCGUGUUCCCUACUACCGAGUCAUCAACUGAGGCCAGCUCACCUUCACCUGAACCCGCAGCCCCAAUUGGCGAGGUCUACCUCUUGCCCUCUCUGGAGCAAGUCAGGGAUGCAGUGGCGAAUCUGCAGAUGCUGUAA